AACAACAAUGCCGCCGCGGCGUCUGGAACUACCUUGAACCAGAAUGCCAUCGCCACGGGCUCCGCAAACGACGGAUCCUCGGGUGCUGAGGCGGGCCAGGCCUUGUCGCUGACGGACAACGCCAACUUCAUCAACUUCUGUUCGGGCAAGACCUUGACCAACGGCCUGCAGCAGAAACAGGGCUCCUGCAACGGCGUGGUGAUGGGCGAUAUGCCGGCCACGACCAAGAUGGUGUCCAGCAUCAUCACGAGCCCCGUCCCCGGUAACGAGCCCGCCGCCAACGAGGACUUCAAUGUCACCGUGCAGAUGACCAACAUGGAGCUUGGCACCUUCACCAACCCGGCCAGCACAUAUUACUCUGCACCCCAGCAGCUGUCCAGCAGCGGCACAGUCAUUGGCCACACCCACGUCACCAUUCAGGACAUCGGCAACUCGCAGACGCCCUCGCAGCCUCCAGAUGCCUCCCAGUUUGUCUUCUUCAAGGGGAUCAACGAUGCUGGCAACGGUAACGGGCUCGUCUCGGCCGUCGUUACCGGUGGCCUGCCGGCUGGAAAUUACCGUGUGUGCACCAUGGCGGGCUCGUCGAACCACCAGCCUGUUCUGAUGCCUGUUGCUCAACGUGGUGCACAGGAUGAUUGCGUGAGAAUCCAGAUCGGUGGUGGUAACAGCCAGAGCAGCGGUAACAGCAACAAUGGCAACACUGGCAACACUGGCGGAUCAAGCUCUUCAGCCACCAACAACGCCGCGUCAUCUGGUUCUUCUUCUCAGUCCAGCCAGACCCAGUCCGGACAGAGCGACAACAACUCAGGCAGCCAGUCCACUAGCAGCAGCGCGAUCGGCGGCAUCGAGGCACCGGCCGUCACGAACUCUGGAGACUCAACACGGCCUUUCGAAGUCAACGGCAACACCUUUGUGAACCAGGGCGCCGCAGUGCAGCGCGCCUGUGCUAUCCAGAACAAUGCGUGUGCCGACGCCGUCAACUCGGGGAAGGUGGCCGGCGCGACGGUCGGCGACUGUAACGCGCAGGAGACUACGUGCAAUGCUCAGGGGGGCGCAUAA